AUGUGUAAAUUUGGCACAACAGAGUAUCAAAAUUAUUUAUCCCAUAUAAGAACAUGCAAACCUGCCAAAAAACAGCUUAGAAACAUCAAAUGUCCGUAUUGCAGAUUAAAAUUGCGGAGGAAUUUGACAUUGCAGUCGCAUGUGUUUUGCAAACACAGGGAGCGAAAUGCUAUUGAAAAAAAGGUGGAGAUUACUUGCAAAAUAUUUACUUGUGACGUCUGUAAGUUUGCCACUGUGAAGCCUUAUACGUUUAACAAACAUAUACAGAACUGUUUCGACCCUAAUGUAAAAGAAAUAAUUUGUCCCUACUGCGAAAUCAAAUUCAAGUCGAAAUAUAGUCUGCAAGGGCAUGUGUUCACCAAACAUAAAGAACAAAAUAGUUUGGAAAAGAAGAUCGAGAUAACUUUUAAAAUAUAUAAUUGUACGAAUUGCGAGUUCACCACGAUGUAUUUACACAUCUUUAGAAAACAUAUUAUUUCCUGUUUGGGUACUCCCGUAAUUGUAGAAGGAUUAAAGUGCUCCCUAUGCCUCUACACAACUAAUAUAGAGCAAGAUUUUAUACUACAUCAUAAACUUCAUAAAGACAGAAAAUGUCCCUACUGUAAUAUACAAUUGAAGACGAACUUGAGCUUACAAGGACACGUCAUUUCCCAGCAUAAGGAACAAAACGACGUUGAAAAGAAAAUUCCUAUGAAUCUUAAAACACACAACUGCCCGAAUUGUUCAUUCGUCACGAUGUUUAAAAAAGUGCAAGAAAGGCAUUUGAAAUCCUGCUCGACGAUCCCCAAAAUCAUCCCUGAUAUAAAAUGUUUGCAAUGCCCUUUUAAAACCAAAAUCAAACAGGAAUAUAUUUUGCACCAUAAAAAACAUAUUGAUGAAAACUUAACGUGCCCUUAUUGCGAAUUGAAAACUGAAAAAGCUCGCGAACUACAACAGCAUGUUUUUUCCAUGCAUAAGCAACAAAAUACAGUUGAAAAUAAGGUCGAGGUUGCCGUCACCUCUUUAAAUUGUAAAAAAUGCUCUUUCAAUACAUUUACUAUGAUAAACAUAAAUGGCUUCAGUAGGGAAUAUCCUAUUGAACCAGAAAAAGAAGUACCCCAAAGCAAGGAGAAUGAAAUACAAAAGAUAUACCAAUGUAAAUUGUGUGAAUUUGGUACAACGGAUAUUCAAAAAUAUCUAUCUCAUACAAUAUUAAGUCAUGGUCCUAGAAUCCAGUCAAGUCAAGCCAAGGAAUAUCCUAUUGAACCAGAAAAAGAAGUACCCCAAAGCAAGGAGAAUGAAAUACAAAAGAAAUACCAUUGUAAAUUGUGUGAAUUUGGUACAACGGAUAUUCAAAAAUAUUUAUCUCAUACAAUAUUAAGUCAUGGUCCCAGAAUCCAGUCAAGUGAAGCCAAGGAAUAUCCUAUUGAACCAGAAAAAGAAGUACCCCAAAGCAAGGAGAAUAAAAUACAAAAGAAAUACCAUUGUAAAUUGUGUGAAUUUGGUACAACGGAUAUUCAAAAAUAUCUAUCUCAUACAAUAUUAAGUCAUGGUUCCAGAACCCAGUCAACAAAAUCUAGCUAUUGUUGUCCAUAUUGUAGCUUUUCAGCCACGAUGAUUUUGUCAUUGGAAGAGCAUGUGUUACGUAAACAUAGGGAACUCAAUGAUAUUAAAAAGGAAGUUAAAUUCACUCACAAAAUAGUAACUUGCAAUAACUGUACAUUCGCAACAGUACAGCCUGAGGCAUACACGCAACAUCUAAAAAAUUGUUUGGGUUCUAAUAUGACAAUUCAAAAAUGUCCUUAUUGUAAUUUUUUUUUUAAAUCGACAGGUUUAGAAAUACACGUGAAUCGUAAACACAAAGAACAAAAUGAUGCUGACAAGAAAAUAGCCAUUACUAAAAAAUAUAAAGAUAUAAAAUGUUUACAAUGUCCUUUUAAGACGAAAUACCAACAAGAAUAUAUUUUGCACCAUAAAAAUCAUCUCGAUGAAAACUUAACAUGCCCGUAUUGCGUCUGUUUUAGGGAAUAUCCUAUUGAACCCGAAAAAGAAGUACCCCAAAGCAAGGAGAAUGAAAUACAAAAGAUAUACCAAUGUAAAUUGUGUGAAUUUGGUACAACGGAUAUUCAAAAAUAUCUAUCUCAUACAAUAUUAAGUCAUGGUCCCAGAAUCCAGUCAAGUCAAGCCAAGGAAUAUCCUAUUGAACCAGAAAAAGAAGUAUCCCAAAGCAAGGAGAAUGAAAUACAAAAGAAAUACCAUUGUAAAUUGUGUGAAUUUGGUACAACGGAUGUUCAAAAAUAUCUAUCUCAUACAAUAUUAAGUCAUGGUCCCAAAACCCAGUCAACAAAAUCUAGCUAUUGUUGUCCAUAUUGUAGCUUUUCAGCCACGAUGAUUUUGUCAUUGGAAGAGCAUGUGUUACGUAAACAUUGGGAACUCAAUGAUAUUAAAAAGGAAGUUAAAUUUACUCACAAAAUAGAAACUUGCAAUAAAUGUACAUUCACAACAGUACAGGCUGAGGCAUACACGCAACAUCUAAAAAAUUGUUUGGGUUCUAAUAUGGCAUUUAAAAAAUGUCCUUAUUGUAAAUUUUUUUUUCAAUCGACAGGUUUACAAACACACGUGAAUCGUAAACACAAAGAACAAAAUGAUGUUGACAAGAAAAUAGCCAUUACUUAUACCAAAUGUCCUUAUUGUGAUAAAAUCGUGCAACAAAAGACAGGCUUACAAAGACACGUGAUCUACAGACACAAGAAACAAAACGACGUAGAAAAGAAAAUUCAUAUAAAUAUUAAAACCCACAAUUGUCCAAAUUGUUCAUUUGUAACAGCGUCUAAAAUAUUGUACGAAAAGCAUUUAAAGUCCCAUACACAAUGUCCUUAUUGUAAUAUACAAGUAAAAACAUGCUUACAAAGUCACGUGCUCUCCAAACACAAAAAACGAAACGACGUUGAAAAGAAAAUUCAUAUAAUUAUUAAAACCCACAAUUGUCCAAAUUGUUCAUUUGUAACAGCGUCUAAAAUAUUGUACGAAAUGCAUUUAAAGUCCUGUUCAACCCCAAAAGUCCUAGAUAUACAAUGUUUGCAAUGUCCUUUUAAGACGAAAAACCAACAAGAAUAUAUUUUGCACCAUAAAAAUCAUCUCGAUGAAAACUUAACAUGCCCGUAUUGUUGCUUGAAAACAACCAAACCUUGUGAACUACAACAGCAUGUUUUUUGCAUGCAUAACCAACAAAAUAUACUUGAAAAGAAAGUCGAAGUUGCCAUCAACUUUUUAAAAUGUAAAAAAUGCUUUUUUAAAACUGUAAGGCACGACCUUUAUGUAACCCAUGUAAAAUUUUGUGAAUAAAGAGUCCUUAUUAUAUUUAGAUGUCAAAUAUUUUAUAUUCUUUAUUAUGA